UAUCUAGGUAAAGAUCGUCGCACGAGAAUGCACCCACGUGGUCAUAAAUUCAAUUCACCUAUGACCCAUUGUGUUAUUCUCUGCUGGUAAACUUUUGAUUUCAAGUACUUUAAGAGUGUGCGGCACUCUACAAGUUGCAGAAUGGAUGAUAGAUAUGGCCAACAUGAUGAUCGUUCACGCGGUCCAACACGCCGUGGCGGAUACAGAGGCAGAGGACGGCCUCGUUACUCUCGCGGGGGAAGAGGAGGACAAGGUAGAGAGAUCAACCCUCGUUCACGACUAGAAGAUGAUCAUGAUAUGGGAGAAGAGGGCAUGUCUGGAGGACAUAGGCAACGAUUUGAACCCUACUCCAGGGGCCGGCCCUCGUAUGAUGAGGCAGGUGGAUCAGUAUUUAAACGGCUUGGGGGAAAUAAGGCCUCAGGAGGGAGAGGUGGUGUGUUCAAUCGACUUAGUGGGAUGGGAUCGAAGCCUGGUGGUGAUGGUGGUGGCGGUGGAGGGAGUUCCUGGCACAAAGUCACUGUUCUCAAUGGUGCAAAUGAGAGCAGGGAAUGGCUUAUGAGGCAACUGUCCUCUCGGAGUUCUGAGAAGUUUGAAGCUGUUGGGGAGCAUGUUCUUGGAGACAAGUUUAUGUUCUUCACUGCCGAGCCUGGAGCAGCUAUGGAACUCAAGCAGAUGGGAAGUAUAGAGUCGAGGAAUGGCACUCUGCAAGUGCUUGUGAAACCGUCAGGUCCACCCAGAGGUAGCAGAGGAGCAAAAAACUCUGAGCAGAGACCCUCGCUCAAUCAUACCACCAGAGUGGGUGGCGAUGAUGACAUCUCUAUGCAGGAGGACUCAAAAGAUACCAUAGUGCGUGUUUUAGGGCAACGCUAUGAUCCAGCUACGAAAUCCCUUGAUCUCUCCAACAUGUACAAUGACCCAGCAUUCAAGCAGGCUAACCUAACAAUGUCUAUGUUUAAUAGAAGUGUUGUCACUUCCAUUUUGUCUCUCGUUGGCCAGUAUUGUCCAAAGCUUUUGUGUCUCAACCUCUCAAACAAUCGUCUGCAACGCCUGGAGAUGUACUCUGAAUUAACGAAAAUGUGCCCUGAACUAGAAACUUUGAAUCUGUGUGACAAUCAGCUCAGUUAUCCAGCAGAGAUGAACCACCUGGUUGGCCUGAAGAAUCUCACCACUCUGUCACUCAUGGGAAAUCCUCUUGCUGAACGAAGUGAUCGUGAUGUCAUCUCUUAUUCUAGCAGCUUUAGGAAGUUAUUUCCUGCACUCAAACAAUUGGAUGGUCGGCAGUUGUCUAGCCCUGUAAAGUUUGACCUGCCUGUCAUGUCAGGGAGCCUACCAUCAGUACAGAAAAGCUUUUUCACAAGUGAUGAAGUAAAGAAAGUAAUAACAACCUUCCUGGAGCAGUAUUAUGUGAUUUAUGACCAAGAGCCAAAGGAGAAACUCCUCACUGCGUACUCCUCUGAUGCUGUGUUUUCGUUGAGUGUGUGCACUGAUGGUCCCAAAUUUCACGGGAUGAAAGAAUAUAUUGUUUUGAGCCGCAAUUUAAAGAAAAUUCCAGAUACAGGUAAAAGGAUGACAAUGUUAAAGAGAGGGCAGUUGGACGUUGUUCAGUUCCUAAGAGGUCUUCCAAGGACUGUACACUACUCCAAGAGCUUCAUUGUGGACUGUCUCUAUUCCACUUCCCAGCAAACUGCGUUCGUUGUGAAUGGACUGUUCAGCGAAUUGGAUGGUCGUUCGUCUGGCAGUAACCCUGCCAUUCAGUUUACUCGCACGUUUGUCAUCUCCCAUAUAGGAACUGGGGUAACUAUCACUAAUGACCAACUGACCCUGCGCGGUGCUACAGAGAAAUUUAUACAGAGUAUACAAGGCACCGUUAGUCAAGAAGUUAUAAGCCCUGCCCAUGGGAGUAUACAAGGUGCCGUGAAACAAGAAUUUAGUAGCUCUGCCCAAGGGAUCAGUGAAGAACAGAUGAGAGCUAUUCAAACACUGGCUGCUCAGAGUAGAAUGAACUUGGAAUACAGCAAACGAUGCCUUGCAGAGAAUGAAUGGGACUACAACAAAGCCUUGACUGUUUUCACCGUUCUUCAGUCUCAGCAAAAGAUCCCACAUGAUGCUUUUCUUUAGUCUCUUAAUGAACAAGUUUGUACUUUCUGAUCUGGAUCUGGAUCUUAUUAAUUUUUAUGUAUUUAAGUCUGGAAAGAUAUGGAAGUUGUUUUGUUUAUGAC